UUCGUAAUUCCAGUAGCAUUCUUACAUGUCGGAACGGCACAAGACGGCAUAAUUUAAUUAUAAAGUGUCAAUCUGACGGAUAUGUAAACAAUGCGCGCGCCGGCCAUUGACUGAUUGCUUUAAAGUCAAAGUAGUGCGAUUUGGAGUACUUUAUAUGAAUACACAUUUACGCCCGUUGACGGUUUCUGGUUUGUUCCGUAUUCUGAGGCACGAACAUAACAUUUUAAGUCGUUAUGGACUAGUGGGAUUUUUACCUAAAAUCAUGUUCCUAUCUAGAUAUUUGGGUACUAGAUCUAAGGUAUGGAAGAAUAUCUUCUUCUCUGAAGCAGCUAGCAGCAGAUUCAUAUCGCCAUUCCGUAAAUACACCGGAGUAACAUGCAACAUUCAGCAAGAAUACGCAUGCAUAUGUCAUCAUUUCAACAAAAAAGUACAAAUACAGUCAAGAAAAUCAUUCUUAUUAGAAAAUCGAAGAUUUUAUACAAAAAAAUUUACAGAUGAUCUAACAGAAGCUCAAGUUAUUCAGAAUGAAAAAAAUCUCACAAAAAUCCGACAACUAUUCCCACAACCUCGUGUGACGCUUAACGAGUUCACAGCUAAAACUCCACAGAAGGUAUUUGAAAUACAUUACAAACAGCACAUGGUUGCUGGCAGAAAGAAACUGGCUCAAGGCGACUGGACUUGCACGUACGCAUUCAUAUGGCCAGAGAAAAUGAAGUUUGACAGUACAGCCAUCUCAAAACGACAUGCAGCUGACAAAGCAGCGACACAAGCAUUAAUGUGGUUAUAUUUAAAUAAACGAAUAGACAACCAAGGAAAUCCAAUAUAUGACAGGGAGGUGAUAUCCGAACUUCGGGACACCGUUAACAAGCCAAUACAAAUAACUAUAAGUGAGAAAUCCGUGGAACGAAUUGAUCGUAUAUGGAACGAGUAUCAAAGUGGGAUAAGGCCAAUCUAUGAAGCAGCCUUCAAAAACGCUGCUUGCAAAGAGAUCACAACACCAGUAUUAUCUAAGGAAUCCUCUUUGGACGAUGAUGAAUUUUCAGAUGAUGAAAUGGAAAAUGAAGAAAUUGAAGAAGUAACAGAAUCGCGGUCACUCCACCCGGUGUAUGGAAGAAACAUUCGUCAGCCGACUGAAGAGUCGUUACAAAGAAGAGAUAGGACGCUUAAACAUAAGUUCCAGGUGUAUGACGAGGAAAUAACGCCGCUGCCUAUUGAUGGAUAUGCUCACGAAAUAACAUCAACGCUACAAAACUCCCGCGUGCUAGUGAUAGUGGGAGCGGCCGGCUGCGGAAAAUCGACGCGCGCGCCGGCGGCCAUCUUGAAAAGCUGCGGCGCUAAUAUGGCAACGAUAGUAUCGGAGCCGAGAAGAGUGGCUGCUAUAGGACUUGCGCAGAGGGUUGCCAGUGAAUUGGGGGAAGAAGUUGGAGAAUCUAUUGGGUACCAAGUCAGACUCCAUUCUAAACCUCCCAGGCCUCCCGGAGGAUCUAUCCUGUACUGCACAUCAGGAGUACUUCUCAGGAGACUUCAGACGAAUCCAGGUCUACAAGGAUGCACGCACGUGAUCAUAGACGAAGCGCACGAGCGUGACGUCAACACUGACAUAACAUUACUACUGCUAAAGAGGGCGCUAAAUGUCAACCCUGACUUGAAAGUUGUCAUCAUGAGCGCUACGUUGGAUACAGAAGUUUUUAUCAAGUAUUUCGACUCAUGUCCAGUCAUAGAAGUGCCAGGCCGAACGUAUCCAGUUGAAGUGUCCCAUCUAGAAGACAUACAGAAGAAGUUCGGAUUGAAUCUACGGGUCACAGAAGAGAACAGCAAGAAAGUGGACGGGAAACCUUAUGUUAAUUGUCAAGAGCUGGUAGAAGUAAUAAAAGCAGUGGACAGCAAUGAGCCAGAAGGAGCUAUACUAGUGUUUCUCCCGGGCUGGGUCGAAAUCAAAACUACAAAAAAGCUAUUGGAGGAAAUAUACGGGAAUUCUACUACGCACAUGAUUCUGCCUGUUCAUUCUAGGCUAUCAACCGCAGACCAAACCAAAAUGUUCGCAAGACCAUCGCCCGGUAUCCGCAAAAUAGUCCUUUCUACAAAUAUUGCUGAAACCUCUAUCACUAUACCAGAUGUGGUGUACGUUAUAGACUCGGGAGCACAUAAGGAAAACAGAAUUAAAGAGGGAACAGGCACGGCCAGCUUAGAAACAGUGUGGGUUUCCCAGGCGGCCGCCAAACAAAGGACGGGCCGCGCGGGCAGAGUGCAACCAGGUCACUGCUACAGACUAUACACCAAAGACAAGGAAUCCGAUUUCGCUCCACACACCACACCAGAGAUUCUCAGAAUACCGCUGGAGCAAACCGUAUUGGAUUGUAAGACUUAUGCUCCAGACGAUAAGGUCGCGGAUUUCUUGUCGCAACUGCCCGAGCCGCCUGGAGAGAAAGCUAUCAAGUUUGCCGUUAAUGAUUUGAUUGAUUUGGGCGCCCUAACAAAAACAGAACAGCUAACCAAACUGGGCAGUAUAAUAUCCACAAUGACGCUACACCCGCGACUUGCUACCGGCCUGCUGCAAGCGGCCGCGAGUGGAAGCGUGCUGGCGUUCGCUAAUAUUGCCACGCACUGCUCCGACAAUGUCGAGGUGUUCAGAGACGCGGCUGAUAGGAGAGACGUCGCGGCUUACAUAAGGUGA